GGAACGCAGGGAUUGGAGGGCUAACGUCACUUCCACUUCCGGUUUGUCUCACGUCGGUUGUUAUGGAAACGGCUUCUGGUGUCGCGAGGCAUGAAGAAUAGCAUCUGUACUGCUUCCUGAGGGACAUUUGUGCUAAUCAUGACUGCUCCUUCUUGCCCCGAAGACAUGCUGACCCAAGUGACCCAGUUCUGGAACAUGCUGGAUGAAAUGGCAGAAAGCACUCCUGAGAGUUACCACAGAUUCAUGCAGCAGCAGCUGGAGGAUGCAAAGCAAUAUUGUGCUCCCCCUGAACCACAUCUUUGUCUACAGACCCACAUCUUGGAGCCUAAUGAAAAAUCAUUAUUCAUUAACCUCUGCAGGUGGAAAAGGGUCCCAGCUCCUAAGUCACCUACUGAUCCAAUACCUUUAAGUGCUGGCCCAUUAGAAGAGGUGUCUGAUAAAGCAGAGCUUUACUCCCUCAUAGAUAUUGCAUAUAACCCAACUGUUCUUCAGAGACAAGAGAGCCAAGCAAAUAUGGAUCACUUGAUCCAGCUGACAUUUAAAUACAUUGAAGAGCGUUACACUCUCUCUCUGUCCCACUCUUACCACAUUGCUACAUUCACACUCAAAGGAAGCCUGAAAAGGAUGAAACAGAGUCUGAAAGGAGGACCCCUGCCAGAUCUAACUUUCAAAAAGAACACAAGGAAUGAAUUGACCCUGGACCAGAUGUUGCAUAACCUGCGAGAGGAGAAAUGCAAUAAUGCUACACCUCUACUGAACAAGGAUGUUGCACAGUCUAAAGUGCAUCUGAUAGAAGAGAUAGCCAGUUUGGAGCUGCCAGAGGAGCCAAUCACACCAGCCUACGAACUGACCAUUGCAAAGGAUGCAAACAGGAAACCUGUAAAGAUUGAACUGAAAGUUGAAUUGCCUAAAGUUAGCUCAGUUUCUGAAUGUGAACUGAGCAUUUCAAAGGACGAUGUAAUUGUUGAAGUCCCUAAGAAAUACAGAUUACAGCUGGAUUUGCCAGAAUUGGUUGAUGAAGAAGCAGCUACAGCAACAUUUAUCAAAGGGAAAGGUGUAUUGCUUAUCACAAUGCCAGUUCCUUAAAGAAAAUGUCAGGAACAGCAGGGUCUCAAAAAACUAGUGGGUAUGGGGACACUCUUAAAGAUUACAAGAAAGACUAAUGGUUAAAAAAGUUACCAAUACGUAGAUAUCAGUAUCACUGUGCUAUUUUAAGAAUCCAUUCUAUUGUCUGUGCACACACAGUUUCCUUUGAGAACAGAGGGUGAUGAAAUUUACAUAGAAAAUAUAGAAUAGGAAGAAAUUCUUAAUACAAGUUGUAAGCACUUAUGGGUUUCUUAAAUAAUUUUCUCUCUACACACAAUUCUAUAUUACUAACUUCACUACCAUGUUCAGUUUCUCCAUCAAUAAAGCAAUAAAGUGUGAUUAACUUUGAAAAAACUGUUUUUCCUUUCUGCCUUUACUCUGGUAAAAAAAAAAUCUUAUCUGCUGUUUGUAAACUGUUUCCUUUUAAAUAAAGAGGAUUUAAUGGUGGUGACACUGAGGAUGCAUGACAUGUAACACUGCAAGCUCUCUCACAACCUGGCUCCUUUUUUUCAAAUAGAUCUGCAAGGGUUACCUUUAAAAGGUGAGGCAAAUAGUCUACAAUGCCCAUUUAAACACUGGGUCCUCUACAGAUACUACUAUGGGCAGCUGUGCACCAAGAGCUAGCCUUACUCACCAGUUAGCAAUGGUUUUGCAAUUUCAGCAGAAUUGGGCAACAUUACAGUAGUGCCCUAGAACUAGUCUGCCAAUUCAAGACUGCUUACAUAAUGAAUAUUAAGGUCCAAGAACCUAUGAAUAAAAAGUAUCUACCAAGAGUUUUGACUACUAUACUCUCCCCACAUUCUCUAUGCCUGGUGCCAGCCAGCAUUCAUGAAGAAAACAUGCCAAUGCAGAUGGAGAUAACCUUGUCCCAUGCAACAUAUAAUAUAACAGAAGAAUGUUUAAAAAUACACCAGAAAAUAGAACAGACACAUUAGAAAUGUGAAUUGUAUUUAAUUUUAACAGACACAUUUACUCAUGAGCAGCCAUUCUUAAUUUCCCUCCCGUUUUGUACUGAAACUGUUACAAGGAUUGCAUCUAAAGAUGCACUUUUCUAGGUGUAAGUCAAAUUGAAAUAGUGUUAAUGUACAUGAGCUGCCAUAGUUGGAGUGUCUAGUGAGCAACAGGGUACUGCAAGCAACACAAAGCCAAGAGUAUACACAGAGCUGUACUGCAAUCUGUUCCCAUCAGGCUGUCACUAGGACAGUGGUCCUUUGGCACAAGCUAGUUCUUGUUUUGAUUAAUUUUCAGAUUAUUAUGGGGAAGGGAUAACAAGUAUCCAGGAUUUUCUUUGACCAAAAUUCUAAGAAUAGGGGAGCAGUAUGCAGUUCAGCAGUAGAGUCAAAAACACAUUUCAUCCAAGUCCAGUGCUGCAUGACAGUGCUUUCACAAACAGGUUGCUGAACCACUUAUGGCGGGAAACUUAAUACAAUAAGUUUCAUUUACCCAGCCAGAAGGGCUGAAGACUUGGAUCGACUGUGCACUAGCAGUGAGGUCAGCAGCAACCAUUACUAAACAGACAAAGCAUAGGGACUAUUUUUAUUAGUCUAACAAUUCCAAAGAUUUAAUAGAACAAUGGGCCCACUAGAGAAUCUGAACUGGAGAAAAUGAGAACAUUUUAAAACUGAAGUGCAACUACUUUUCUUCUUACCCAACCAAAGUUAGGCACAUCUGCAACCGAGUAAAACGUUAAAUAGUUCUCACAAAAAUAUUUAAUCUCCACAGUAUAUUUUUUCAUUAUCUUUAGUGAAUUCUGUAACAACUUUACAAGAGAAUAUAUUUAAUGCAAUGCAUAAGGUACAGAAUAAGUUUAUGUAAAUAAUUUAACCUUUUGUUUCUACCAAGCUCUCCUGGUCACUGAUCAAUUACAUGAUCCUUUUUUAUAAAUUAAAAUUUCCUAUUGGAAAGUGGAAUUUUAAGAGAGGCCACCGUUGUAUUCUUCCCCAUCACCAUUGUAGGACACAAUGAUUAAUGCAUUUGGGCACAAGUCCAACAGAAAACAUCUGAAAGCAUUUUACAUACACUAUAUACAUGGACAGCACACUUUGCAGUUUACUAAGGCUGGGACAGUAAAUACAUUUCAUCCAAGAAUUGUGAUAUCAAUGACCUCAACUGACGUCAGAGCUUCCUGUGUCAAGAAUGUCUGAAAAAACAAUUUUCAAGCAUACACGUCAUCAAAGAAAUUAUGCCCAGGGAUAGAAUUCCAAUGUCCAAAUUACACAUGCUAACAGUGGAUAUUAACACACAUAGCAAGAAAUUCUCCUAACCAUUCUGCAGAACAACUAUUUCCACUGCAGUGUUAACAAUACACCCUGUUGCAAGAGGGCAAGCAACCAUGUAAGAUAAUUUCAUACAAAAACACACACAAGUGAAAGAUGGAGCACAUUCUCUGUGGCAUUCAGAAGAGAUUUGAUUGUACUGUUUUGACAGGGAUCAUUUAGUAGUAAAAAUCUAAGCUAAUGUUGAAAUACAAGGAGGAAUUCCAAUGUAAAUCUUUUGUCCUAU